ACAAAUUGCCGCGGGUUCAGUGCCGCCACUGGAACCGGGAGAUGCGGCGCAGGAGCUGUCGCUGUGUUGGCUUUUACCUGAAUCUUGUCUCCUGUGGCGGUUCCUGCUGCGGCUUCGGUCAUGUUGUUACCCUCGGACAUAGCGCGGCUGGUACUGGGUUACUUACAACAGGAAAACCUCACUUCUACCUGCCAGACUUUUAUUUUGGAAAGUUCAAAUUUAAAAGAAUAUGCGGAACAUUGUACAGAUGAAGGUUUUAUCCCAGCCUGCUUACUGUCCUUGUUUGGAAAAAACUUGACAACAAUUCUGAAUGAAUAUGUAGCUAUGAAAGCAAAAGAAACAUCAAAUGAUGUCCCAGCAAUUAUGUCAUCUCUAUGGAAGAAGUUAGACCAUACACUUUCUCAGAUCAGGAGCAUGCAAAGUUCCCCAGGGUUUGUUGCUAAUCAGAGAGUCCGAACAAGAAGUGGAAUUGCAGAAAUCAAACGACAGAGAAGGCUUGCGGCUCAAGCAGCUCCCAUGAAUUCAGAGUUGCUGACUUUAGCGUAUCUUUCAGGACAGUGUGCUACUGCUCCUCCCCCUGCCCCACCUCCUCCUCCCCCUCCUCCUCCUCCUCCAGCAGCUGUGCAGGUUAUCCGGCCAGCUGGCCAGAUGGCAGCGCCUUUGAGGUCCAAUUUUCUAGUGGUCAACCAUUCACAGUCACAAGACACAGCUGCCACUGGAGAGGCUUUAAAUAUCAUUCCUACUCCUCAGGAAAAGAAAACGCAGACCACAGUCAUGUCUCCAGCUAGACGCAAAAGUGAAUCUCAGAGGAAAAGUAACACUUUAUCUGGGCCUCAUUCAACGAUAAGGAAUUUCCAGGAUCCAAAUGCAUUUGCAGUAGAAAAACAAAUGGUUAUUGAAAAUGCACGAGAAAAAAUACUAAGUAACAAAUCUCUUCAAGAAAAGCUUGCAGAAAACAUUAAUAAAUUUUUGACGAGCGACAACAAUAUUGCACAAAUGCCCAAGCAAACAGAUAGCAACCCUGCGGAACCGGAGACUUCCAUUGAUGAACUCCUGGGACUCCAGGACCACUCUUUUUUUUGGCAGAGUGAAAUCCAUAUGUCUGAGGAAGCAAUACAGGAUAUCCUGGAACAAACAGAGUCCGAUCCAGCGUUUCAAGCGCUCUUCGACCUCUUUGACUAUGGUAAAUCAAAAAAUAAUAAAAACAUAUCGCAAGGCAUUUCCAGUCAGCAUCUGGAAACCAGUCCCAGUGUAGUCUUAGCAGAUGAAACUAAUCUAGCAGUUAAAGGUUCUUUUGAUACGGAACAAUCUGGUGAUCAGACUGGACCGCCCCCAUUUUGCUCAUCCUACCAAAGCGAAGACCCCUCUGCCACUCUGAAGAGCAGUGGCCACGCGGAGCUUCGCCAGGAAGCCCAGGAGCACUUCCCGCAGGGGGGCUCCAGCGUCCAGAAGAAGGCAUUUAAGACGGUCGGACCUAAUGGACACAAGUGUAACCUUGAUAUUACCUUUGAGUCUGUGCCUCAUUUGAAUGACUUUAACCAAAGAGUAAAUGCGGAUGCUGAAUGUAAUCAGCGCUGUGCCGAAUUCUACGCCCAUCCGCUGCCCACGGACACCGCUGUGGCGAUGGAGGUCGGGAAGAAUGUCUUGCUUUCGGACGCCCCGCGUGAGCCUCCCUCACAGCCUGAUGCGUCCGCUCUGCCAGUGACAUCGUUCGUUUCCCUCGGCGCUGAGACUCACUCUGAAAACUUAAUGCUCUCUGGGAAGAGUUCUCAGCUUUUAUCCCAAAAUAUCCCAUUAACUGGAAAGACAUGUAAAACAAGUCAGUUUUGUGAAAACUCUAACAACACAGCAAGACUUAAAACUCAUCUCCCUGGUUCUAAGUCACCAGACCCUAGAGAAAUGCACCAGAAUAAAACCGAGAUCCACGGCGGCUUGCCCGGUGCGGCACAGCGUGCAGACUGCCAAGACAGCUCCUCACUUCAGAGUAAAAUCCUACCUCUGUCCGCUGAAAGUUCCGGUUUAAAGGUAUCCGAGCAGUUAGACAUUCGUCUUGAAGAUUCAGUGUCUUCAGUUAAACAGCCAUCUGAGGAGUCAUCGGCCCCUGAGUUAAAUCAUACAGAAAAACGUGAAACUCAGCCCUCCAAGUCUGAGAAAGUCGCUGUCCAGUCCCAGGAGCGUUCAUCUUUAAAAGAAGAUGGAGAUAGUAUUUUUCUCACUUUAGGCGACGGUGGUAACUGUGGGGAGGUUGCACUCAUUGCUCCAGAAGGUAAUGCUGUGGAAGGGGAGCAGUCUCUGCCCUCAGAACCUCUGUGUUCUUCAGUGGGAGAUUCUCACCCUGAGUCCCAGAAUACUAGUGACAAACCUGCUGGGGACAAUUCAGCAGACAUAGAUGCAUCAAAUAUCGUCUCUCUCAAAAUUAUCAUUAGUGACGACCCAUUUGUUUCCUCAGAUACGGAACUGAACAGUGCUGUUUCUAGUAUCAGCGGGGAGAACUUGCCGAUGAUCAUCCUGUCCUCUCCUGCCAAGUCUCCUGCCAAAAACGCGGAGCUAGUUAAAUGCUUGUCUUCGGAAGAAACUGCAGGCGCUGUCCCGUCUGCUGAAAGACUAGCGGAUUCCGCGCCAGUGGAGCAGAGCCUUUUGGCUCUCAAGCCUGAGGACUCUGCCGGAAGUAGCGCUCAGAAUGAAGGCAGCGUUGCCUUUUCGUCCAACAUCACACCGUGUGUGUCCAAGGACGGCGGGUACAUACAGCUGAUGCCGGCUACGAGCACGACGUUUGGCAAUUCAAGUAACAUUCUCAUAGCUACCUGUGUCACUGAUCCAACAGCCUUAGGAACAACUGUAAGUCAGUCUAAUGUGGUGGUGUUGCCUGGAAAUUCUGCCCCUGUGACUGCUCCGCUUCCCCUGCCCCAGUUACAGACGCCCCCGAGGUCCAACAGUGUGUUCGCUGUCAACCAGACUGUGUCACCCAGCUUUUCACAAGGAUCUGCCAUCAUAAUUGCUUCUCCUGUCCAACCGGUACUCCAAGGAAUGGUGGGAAUGAUUCCUGUAUCAGUGGUUGGACAGAAUGGAAAUACCUUUUCUGCUCCUCCUCAGCAGCUCCUUCAUAUGCCUUUGGCAGCACCCGUAUGCAGUAGAAGUAUCCCUCAAAUCCCCAUCCCUCCAAAAUCACAGAAGACUCAGGGACUAAAGAACAAGCCUUGUACAGGAAAGCAGGUAAAUAAUUUGGUGGAUUCAUCUAGUCAUUUAGUUGGAUGUCAUGCACAAAGAACUGAAUUGUCUGACAAGAAUAUGGCCACAGAUCUUGGGAAAAAAUUGGAAGAAAUCACAGUUCCCUUCUCAUUAGAGAGCAUAGUUCCAACUAGCAAACCGUUUGAGAGCCACAGACGUGUGCUGUGUUUUGACGGCAUCACUUCUCCUGUGGCAAAUACACAGGGCACGAACCAUAAGGUGGCGUCCCAAAACAAAGAAAGGAAUGACAUUUCAUUACCUAAUCUUGAGUCACCCCUUGUGUCCUCCACCUUAAAACCCCCUUCUAAUAAUGCUCUCAAAAGAGAGAGAGAGAGGCCUCCUUUGCCUAAGAUUUUAUCCAAAUCAGAAACUGCCAAUAGCCGACAUACCGCCAUAAAAGAAACCCAGUUAGAAAAGAAAGGUUCACCGACAGAAAUUGUACUUGAAUCUUUCCAUAAAGCGACAGCUAAUAAGGAGAAUGAAUUAUGCAGUGAUGUCGAAAGGCAGAAAAAUCCAGAAACUUCAAAACUGUCAAAUGGACAGCAAAAUGGGGGUUUACGGAAUGAGAAAACCAUAGCUUCACUGCAAGAACUAACCAAAAAACAAGGCACAUCCUCAAAUAGUAAAAAUGCCAUUUCAGUAGGGGCACCUGUGAAGGAUCCAAAACAAGAACAGACUAAAUGUGCCAGUUCUGUGAUGAACGCCCCGAGCAAACCUACCACAGACGUGCUGCCGGAUGGCCAGUGGCCCAGCCCCGUCGCGAAGCUCCCUGAGAGCUCUGAUGGGCCUGGGCCCCGGACGCCUGGCGCGGGGGCGGGGGACAGACCUAAAGAAGAACCGAGAGAUGGUAUCAAGGUCCCCUCUAGUAGCGCAGCCAAGGUGAUGGUCCCCCCUGUCACCCCAGACCUGCCUGCCUGCAGCCCCGCCAGUGAGACCGGGAGCGAGAACAGCGUCAGCAUGGCCGCGCACACACUCAUGAUUCUCUCCCGAGCGGCCGUCGCCAGGACCGCCUCCACGACGCCCCUCAAAGACAACACCCAGCAGUUCCGAGCUUCCUCCAGGAGCACCGCAAAAAAGCGGAAAAUGGAGGAAUUGGAUGAGCGUGAACGAACCUCUCGGGCUUCCAGUAAAAGUCUUGCAAAUUCAUCACUCCCAAUGAAAAAGAAGAAAAUUAAGAAAAAGAAGCUACCCAGUUCAUUUCCAGCUGGAAUGGAUGUGGACAAAUUUUUGUUAUCAUUGCAUUAUGAUGAGUAAACAUUCUGAACAUAAAAGAACAGUAGCUGUUUAAAACUCGUAUCCCUUAAACUAUGAGUGUAGGGAAUGAGAUACUGACAGAACCUAAAAGCAUGACCUGCACUUUCCUUGUACUGAAAUUUCACUUUAUAUCUGAAUCAUGCUGUUUCUGAAGCAGCUUCCUAGUUUGUAAAUAGAUUUACCUGGGAUAUUUUUUAUUUUGGAAAAAAAAAUUUGCAGAAAUGUAAGUAAAGCCAAUCUGCAAAACUGUAUAGCUCUGACAAUUACGUAUUGUAAAUAUUGUAUAAAUCUUGUUGAAAUAGAGGUUAAAUCAAUCUAGUGUUCUUACAUUGUGUUUUUUUACUUCUUGUGAUCCCUGAGGCGCUUUCGUCUGGAGUAGUUUCUCAUUUUGUGUGGGGGGAAGAAAUGAUGCUUUUCUUUAUAAAAUUGCCUUCAGUGACUGUCGUACAAGACAUUUAAAGACAGCCACAGAGUAGUACAAAGGAGAUAACAACCUCAGUUGGUGGAGCGAUCAGAAAUGAACAGUUUAGGUUUUUCCCAGAGUGAAUAUUACCCUUUCUUAUAAUUGCAGUAAAGAUUAUAUUCCUGAAAUUUUACACUUGAAAGUGUUUCUCCUGGUCAUUCUGGUCUCUUUGUUUUAAAGAGAAUUUUGUAAACCAUUUUUGAGUGUUCUGUUUGCUUAUAACUUUUAAGAUCUUUUACAGAACUUUAAAUGUUUAGACUGUUGAGCCAUACAGAGUUCAUGUAGUAGUUGAGAUGUCUUGGUAUGUGUAUACUUUUUCCCAUAUACUGGGGAUUUGAAGAAUUGCACUAAUUCAUAGAACUUAGUACGUAACAGUGACCAGUGCACAUUUAAUUUAAAUCUUGUAUUCUAUGUUAAAGCUUGUGUGGAGGAUUAUGUUCUGGUAUCCUUUUAGAAAGCCAUGUCCAUCAAAAGAUGUAAAAAGAGAAAUCAUAGUUUUAUAUUUUAAUUUAGUUUCUCCUAAAAUGGGCUGUGUUAAGUAGCUAUAUCUGUACUUAGAUAUAGUGUACUGUCUCUGUGCCCCCUAAGAGGUUGUAAAGAGUUACUCAAAAAGUCCUUAAGGAGAGUGAAAGAGGUGCCUUCUCUGUAUCAGACUCACACACAUCAGUCAAGUUGAAAAACUGGUUAAACCUUUAUAUGAGAACAGAAAUUAUCAUUAAUAUCUGACCGAUUGUGCCUAGAUUAAAGUAUAUUCUUUUAAGUGCUUUCUGUUUGAUUAAUUACCAAUAUAUCAAGGAGUUUUUCUACAGGUGUAUAUGUUAAAGGGUCAUUUCCCUCAGCCUUUUUUUAAUACUGGGCCUUUAAAAAACUUAAAUCCAUCCUGCUCCUAUUUCUCAGUGUGGAAAUCACGUCGUAAUUGCUAAACCUUACUGCAGAAAUAUGUCUUGUUAAAAAUUUCUGUGAUCUGGCGGUGGUCUAUUCCUAAGGAACUACAUAUCAUACACGUAAUGUUUAUUUAACUCAACUUGAUACUGUACUACAGUUAGGUUUGAAUAAAUAUUUUCAUUAACUGCAAAA